AUGGGGGCCAAAGAGGUGCUGGAAAAUGGGGUGGGUUGCAGAAUAGGGAAUGGAAAACAAGUGAAAAUUUGGGGUGAUGCUUGGUUACAACCCCCUCAUACCAGGUUGUUUCUCCCUCCAAACCAUGUUCUCAGCCCAGAUUCUCAUGUGGAUGCCCUCAUUGACUCUGAAGUAGGUUGGUGGAAUCUGAAUUUGCUCCAAAACUGUUUUUCACAGGAGGAGGUGGAACGGAUUGGAAAUGUGAUUAUUAGCCCAUUGGGGCAGGAUGAUAAGAUAAUAUGGAAAGGAACUCCUUCGGGGCUAUUCACUGUUAAAAGUGCCUAUCAUAUGGAGAUGUGGAGAAUUUCUCGAGAAAGGGGAGAAAGUUCUGGUGAAUAUGGAGGUGGAAUGGAAUGCAGUAGAAGAAUUCAGAAACUGACCUACGAGGAAACUGAUGGUAGGGGGCUGCUGCUGUUUUUCUUUGAAAAGCUUGACAAUGAGGAAGUUCUAGAAGCUCUCACAGUGGCCCAGAUGAUUUGGCUUCGAAGAAAUUCGAUGGUGUUUGGGAGGGGUUUCUCUCCCCCUCUCAAGGUUAUUUCAGAAGUGCACAGUUCUCUGGAGGAUGGGGCACUUGGUUCCAGCAACCUUGCUCAUUUUAUUAGCGGAUUAGAGGUGGGUCAUUCUUUUUGGUCUAAACCUCCCCAAGGAUGGUGGAAAAUCAAUUGGGAUGCAUCCAUUGAUAAGGAGGCUAGACGAAUGGGCAUUAGGGCUGUGAUUCGGGAUGGAAAUGGGGCAGUGGUGGCAGCCAGGAUGAGUUUUCUCCCUUACAAUGAUGAUCCUUCAGCGGUGGAAGCAUUGGCGGCAUGGCAUGCAGUGAAACUUGGCAGAGAAAUGGGGGGAACCUGCAUCAUCAUUGAGGGAGAUUCCAUGGAGGUGGUGAUGGCUUUGAGGAAGAAUAGGUACAACUAUCAGAAUUAUGGUCAUCUUCUGGAGGAUAUUGCAACUAGUCUAUCUUUUUUUUCAAUCUGUUCAAGUAGCGCAUGUAAGGCGUGA